AUGUCGCAUAAUAACGUUAAUGCCUCGUAUUUGGAAGCGCGUUUAGCCCAUCGUAGAGGUCCGUUAGAAAAAAGAGGAACUCAGAUUUGUUCUAAUUCUGGUGUAACUUGUAGUGAUAGCUAUCCAUGUUGUUCUCAGUUUGGAUGGUGCGGUGCUAGUGACGCGUACUGCGGAACUGGAUGCAAUCCAUCUGCUAGUGCAGACAAUGCCUGUCAAGGAUCCACCACCACAACUACUACUACUUCAGCAAGUCCAACACCUACUAAUACUGAUCUCAAAACAUGUUUGACGGGUACCACUGGAAAAGCCGUUUUCCCAGGAGAUGCUGAAUAUACAGCCGAUAUAGUUGAUGAAAAUAAUCGUGUUACGUAUUCGCCAGCUGCUCUUGUGUAUGCAUCGAACAUUGCAGACGUGCAAAAAGCAGUUAAAUGCGCAGCCACUUCGAAUUUAAAUGUUGCACCAAGAUCCGGAGGUCACUCGUAUGAGGGUUACUCACUUGGUGGAAAAGAUGGAGCUCUCGUAAUCGAUUUGGGUGGUCUGAAUCAAAUAACGAUUGACGGUGCAGCAAAAACAGCAAUAAUUGGUGCCGGAAAUAAACUUGGUCCAAUUUACUAUGCACUUAGUCAAGCCGGUUACUUGAUUCCUGGUGGCUCGUGUCCAGGUGUUGGUAUCGGUGGAUUUGCGUUGGGUGGUGGUUAUGGAUUAUACUCUCGUAAAUUCGGUUUAGCCGUAGAUAACAUUCUCUCAAUUGACAUUGUAAAUGCUAAUGGAGAUUUAAUUACCGCGUCUUCAACCCAAAACCCUGAUUUGUUCUUUGCUUUACGUGGUGCUGGUGGCGGAAGUUAUGGAGUUGUGACAUCAUUCCAAUUUACAAUUACACCUGUUCAAACACAAGUCACUUCAUUCCAGUAUAAAUGGCCAGUAAGCGUAGCAAAAACUUUAAUCCCAGUUAUUGAACAAUAUGCAACUCAAGGAACUGAUAAUGUAACAUUCAGUUUAGUAUGGGAUAAUAGUGGAUUAUUAAUUCAAGGUGUCUAUUUCGGUCAAGAAUCCGGUCUCUCGGAUGCUUUAAGUAGCAUUUUAGCAGUAUCCGGAUACAACACAGUAAAAGUACAACAACAUACCUUCUUCGACUCGGUUGUAUUCUUCUCUGGUCAAUCAGUAUCAUUCGUCCAGAAUCCAACGGUUCUUCCAUACACCUUCAAAGCAAAAUCUUUCUAUGUCAAUUCACCUGGUCUCUCUGCUGCCGGCAUUGACGCAUUCAAUAACUAUCUAGCAUCACCUUCAUGCCCUACCUACGCGAUUUUGGAUAUUUACGGAGGAGCUAUCAACAGAGUUGCCUCAGAUGCAAUGGCAUUUGUUCAUCGUGAUCCAUUAUACGGAAUUCAAUUGGUGACGGAUUGGCAGGAUGCAAGCCAAACAACAAACUGUGUCAAUAAUAUAAACUCUUUUGGCGCCAGCUUCCAAAGUCAAUACACUUCUCCUUAUAGUUAUCAGAAUUAUAUUGAUCGUGAUUUGAAUAAUUGGCAGAACGCAUAUUAUGGUGCUAAUUAUCAGAAAUUAGUGACUACCAAAGCAAAAUAUGAUAAAAACAAUUUGUUUGCAUUCCCUCAAAGUAUACCAACUUCUUAA